GUUGAAGGAGUUGAUGGAGUUGCACCAAGACGAGCAACACUGUCCGCCUCGCAGGUCGAGGACGCCAAGCUGGUGCGCGUGUGUCUGGAGGAGGUGUCCCGAAAUUUUAUGCGGGAACACAAGCGAGACUACGGGAAUAAGUACUACCAAACGAACAAGUUCCGACACCCGCGGCCGUGGCGCAGCCCGAACGCAAAAGAACUGUUGGCGGGAACGAAUUAUUUUGCGACGGCUGAUAGCCCCGAACCCGAAGCGGGAGACGGAACUAAAAG